AUGAAUUUUGAGGAAAAAUUGAAAAAAAUUGAUUCUCAACUUGCAGAAAUCAAUGAUACCAGCCGGACCAAAGACAUUGAAAAAAUUAGGAAGCUAGUUUCAGAGAGACAGGUUAAGGGACCAACUAUCAGUGGAAAGCACACCAUUUCGAAUGCUGUCAAACAAAAUGCAAUCGAAAUCUCUUCUAUUGCUCCAUCUAUAAGAUCUGACUCUAAAAGAAGAGGAGAUAAAAUCCAAGAGCUAAGGAAGAAAAGAAAAACAAAAGAAAAGGCCAAAUUAAAAGAAGAAAAGCAUCAGGGAAAUGAUAAUAGUAAAGAAAAGCUCAGAGAUGUUUUCAAUUCCAGGAAUAAAUGGAGUACUAAGCCUAUAGAUGAGCAUAAAGAUCUUCAAAUUCAAUUGGAAAAUAUAUCUGAACUGACACCAAAAGUUCUUGAACCUAAAGAAGAAACCAAAGAUGAUGUCAACAUGAACUGGAUAAAUGUGAACUCUAUUAAUAAAAAAUAUCAGAAAUCAGCAUAUACCCUCACUGAGCAUCAAGAAAGUUCAAUCUCUGAGUUAACUUUCCAAGAUCCAACUCGAACAAAUAACAAUCCCUCUAACCCAUCACACCCACACCAGAACACCCUAGUCCAUCAAACAGACGUAAACAUCCCCAACUCCACCCCAUCCGACCCAAACCCUCAAGAAAUUCUCCAAAAUUCCAAGAACAAAUUCUAAAACAAAGAUCACUUAUGUCCAGCCAGAUCAUGAAGAAAAUUAAUUC